UGGGACGCACUGCGCGCGCCGCGCCGUUUCCGGAAGGACCGAGAGUCCCCGCCCUGAGGCCUCUGCUCGCCUGUGCGCCGGAGCUGAGUUCGAGAGAGCAGUUCGGGUGCAGGCCUGGUAUCCCCUCAGCUGGACAGAGUGGGAAGAGAACAAUGCAGAAGGAGCCUGGCCCACUAGUGCCCUUACAUUGGCUUGGCUUUGGCUACGCGGCAUUGGUUGCUUCUGGUGGGAUCAUUGGCUAUGCAAAAGCAGGUAGCGUCCCAUCCCUGGCUGCCGGACUCCUCUUUGGAGGAUUAGCAGGCCUGGGUGCUUACCAGCUCUCUCAGGAUCCCAGGAACGUUUGGGUUUUCCUAGCUACGUCUGGGACCUUGGCAGGCAUUAUGGGAAUGAGAUUCUAUCACUCCGGAAAAUUUAUGCCUGCAGGCUUGAUCGCGGGUGCCAGUUUGCUGAUGGUUGCCAAACUUGGAUUUAGUAUUAUCAGUAGACCCCAUCAGUCAUAGUCACGUCCCAGCUGGAACUCAGGAAGAAUUAAAAGCCUCCACGCUAACUCUGUUUUUAAUGUGAGAGACAUAAACACAAAAGGCUUCAGUGUUUUCACAUAUUCUGACCUUUUACUUAAAAAAAAAAAAAUAGCACUGAACUUUGCAGGAAAAAAUCAGUUGUUCUCAUUACAGCAACGCUCCAGAGGUGGCGAUUGUCUUGCACCCUCAUGUAAUUUGAUUCUUGUACAUUGAUGUACUCUCUUCUUCCUGUAACUGGAGAUAGAUUCUCAGUGGGCAGAAUGUUAGGUUUCAGCAUUUGGGGCCCUGGACCUCCAUGCCCUCCUCCGAGGAACAGCCUGAGGAAGAUCUCUUAGGAGAUUGCAGAUAGCCAUCUUCUGCUCAUCUUAGGGCACAGACUGAUCUGAAAUUAUGUUGCAUGAUAUAGCAAUGGAAAUAAAGUUUUACUGUAAAUAA